ACAUCUAGCAUAAAGGCGCCAUAUUGAUUUACACAACAUGCUCAUUGGUCGAGACGGUCUUAUGCUAUGCAUAUGCAGUUAUGUCAUUUUGUGUGUGAUGGCCUUUACACCGUGCUCCAACCUAAUCGCUAACCUUGCAGCCGAUUCCAAAACGCUGAGAAUAAUGUUUUUCAAUGCGAUGUCUUUUGUUGUGUAUCUUUAAAUUUUGUUGUGUUGUGCAUGUUUAAAAAUGCUUGUCGUCUUGUUGAACGAUUCUUGUUAAACGCCUCUAAACGAGUAAAGAAAAUAUUGUACUAUAUGGCUGAGAAAAAACACAUGGUAGUGCACAUGCCGCACCAUGUACAGCAAAAGUUGUGUCAAACUCGACCGCUGUAUAGACGAGGAAAAAGAUUGACAGCAGUCAAGGUUUAUACGAUUAAUGAUGAAUCGCAGCAUUUACUGAUAUGUGGAGUACCAAAAUUACAAUUAGGAGAAGAAAUAGGAAAACUUGUCUAUCCGUAUGGAGAUGUGAAAGCGAUUCAGUUGGUGACUGAAUAUCCUUCGGAAGAAUUUACGGAAACAUACCAUAUACAUUAUGCGUAUAUUCAAAGUGCAAGAGUGGCGAAACGUUUGAUUGACGAUAAGAACUUUUUUGGAGGAAUUCUGCAUGUUUUCUAUGCUCCUGAAUUAGAAACUCUGGCAGAAACCAGAGCAAAACUUACGCAACGCCGAAAAGAUGUAGCGACACGGAUAAAAAGAAAUCAACAAGAUUUAACGAACCCAGUAGUAGACAAAUUUGUUCCAAGAGAACAGUAUCGUAGAAAAAGGAAGAAUCCUGCUUUGCCCCUUACUGAAGGACGACUUAAACAUUGUUAUCCUGGAGAAACACUGUCCUCUAUUUGUAAUGGGAUACCGCAGAAUAUAGAUCCAAGAUUUGUAUCUGAACCUAGUUUACCGAUAAACUGGAAUAGUGAUAAUUGUAGUAGCGGCGCUGCAUCUGGUUCGAAAUCGUUGUCAACACCGUAUCAACUGACUGAAACAGUGAUACAACAGUCGAAUAAACAUCCAGCGUCAAACAUGCGAAAGAGAAAAAAUUACAAAGGGCGAUCUAUCGACGAUAAUGUAAAAGUUAAAAUUAUACGACCGCAACUUAUAGAUACCAGAAAUAUAGCAAAGUUAAAUUCCACUGAGAAAACGAAUGUAUUUUGUAAUGUAAAGAAGAUAGAGAGUGGAAUUACAGUCAAGUUUGAAACGUCUAAUAAUGAAAAAAAGAAGAUAGUUGUAAAAAAUCCAAAUGUAACGAACUUGAUUCAACCCAGCACAAAUCUUCAGUUUUUGAUUCGGAUGGCAAAAUCUCAAAUUCGUACAGCAUUGGAGAAACGUGAUACUUCGAUAAGCGACACUUGAAGUGUGUCACAAAAAUAAGAUUAUGUACAUCUUAAUUUCACUUCCUUACAAUUUUUUAUUUUAAACUAAAGAUAUAUAGGUGCAUUUUUUUCUUACGAUUCAAAUGAGUUCAGUUGUAUCGCCCUUUUUGUCCUAAAAUCAAAUUUAAUCUUGAAAUAAAUUUGUGCACUUAAAUGAAAA